AUUGUUGAACACCUGCAGUCAUUCUGAUGCCUCUGUACGACUUGCUGCCUCUGAAGGCUUAAACAGGAUCAUUCAUAACCUGGAGGAGACCCAGAUCACCAGGAUCCUAGUCUUUUUGUUCAAUGGAAUGUACAAGUGUGAAAAUGUGAAGAGCAUACGUGUAGCCCUACUAAGAUUUGCCUCAUGUGCUCAUCACAUCAAGUUGGGGAAGAGAGCUAUAUAUGUGAAGAAGUUGGUGCCAUGCUUUCAGCGCUUGAUCAAGAAAAAUGAUGAAAUGUUACUGGAGACUCUCAGCAGUGCUUUCCAGCUGCUUUGGCCUCAUCUUGGAUUGUUCUUGUCUGAAAAGGAGGCUCAGUCACUCUUAAAACCUCUCCUAUGGGCCCUUCAAGAUGAUUCUGGUGGAAUGCGUCGUAGUGCAGCCCAUUGCAUUGCAUUCCUCGUCAAGGAUGGACGUUGCCCAGCACGCCUCUGCAAUUGGGUCUUACAACGACUUCUUGAACCUGGCAAACUUCUUUUGGGUGGGAUUGGGAACAAGGCACUGCAUGGUGUUCUUCUUUGUCUUCGCCUUCUUACUCCUCAAUUCAUGGAGCAUUUAAAAACAAGAGAUUUACACGAAAAGCAUAUUGGAACUUCAGCCAAAGACAUCCUCUCUUCCCAUGAUGGAUUUCCUUCUUUGACCUCCUAUCUUCAGAUGUUGGAGCUCUGCAUGGGUGGACUGGUGCAUUUAGAUAUCUCAGUAGUGACAGGGUCCUUGGAAUUGCUCCAUGCACUCCUACUCCAUGCUCCACCAGAUUUUGUGAAAGCAUUGUUAUCAUCAGGGGCCCUGACAUCAUCUUUGUUUCAAGAUUCCUCUUCCCCCUUGCUCCCCUCCCUUACUCAAAGUAUGUCAAGUGUAGCCCAAGGAGACUUGGAUUCCCUGGCAAUGGAUGGCUCUGAAAUGGAUGGGAAUCGAUCAGGAUCCCAGUCCAUGGAGAACCUUCUACUUCAUCACAAUCGAUCCACCAGUGAUCUGGGAGAGGACAGCAGGGAAGUACCACAGAGACUGGCAGCAUCUUCAUAUGCAAGUCAGGAGGGGAAUGAAGAGAAGGAGAGAGGAGAAGAGUCUGAUGGGAUGAACAGUCGGGCCAAUUCCUCUAGCUAUUUCCCUCUUGAGAUGGGAAUUGUUCAAGAUGAUACAUCAGAAAGCAUAACCCAAGACAGAGAUGAUGUGUUUGAACAGGAUAUCCGUGAGAGGGCUCCAUUACAGUUGCAGGGAACUCUGGAUGAUGAAGACUCCUCUGAAUUUGAUCAGGAUGAAGCUGUGCCAUUUCAGAGCGUGAAGCGAGAGGAACUUGGGAGCCUUUUUGACGAGGAGCCGACGUGGAAGUACGUUGGGAGGGUUCUGGGAUGGUGCUUCUUGUUGGAAGGAACACCAGGUUCACUCUUAUCAGAUCCCAUCAUUAGAGUGAGCCUGAAGUCCCUUGCUUUGUCCUGCAUCACUGCCUUGCUCCACCUUCAGCCGCAUCUCCUCUCCUUGCAGCUCACAGAAAAAGGUGACAGGGAGAAGAGCAAAGAAGAUAAGCCGGGUCAGACCCUUUGGGACGUGUUGCUCUUCCGAGCCCAUUCCGACCCACAGCUCCGCAGUCAAGUCCUUCUCCUCGUCUCUGCGAUCACCAAGGAAUCCUUGCUGAUCCCUAGCAUUUUGACGUCAUCGUCACGUACCUCUAAGGAUCUCCUCUCGUUUCUGGAACAGGGAUUGAGAGAUAAGUCCCCUGUAGUGAUCAAGCAAGUGAUUCAGGGCCUCCAGAUUCUCUUCCCUACUCUGAUGGAGAGCAGUCAGGCAAAUUUGGCUCUUCCUAUUCUCCAUAUGUUCCCAUCUCUUGCUUCUUCACCCUACUGGCUUGUCAAAGUUGAGCUGCUGGAGCUGUUGUCUCGGAUCAACCUGACGGAGGUGAGGUACAUGAGUUCAGAGGAUACCAGGCGAGACAUGGGAGAAAUGCUUGUGGAAACAGUACUGAUUCCUUGUACCUUUGAUAAGGAUCACAGGGUUAGGAAUGCUGCAUCUAUGGCUUGGGUCAGGAUCAUGGCAGACUUGGCAAGCACCAGCAACCAUCUGACAGCCUUUGUUGGGUGUUUGUCCCAAGUUCCCUUGGAAACAGGAGUCUCCACCUCCUUUGCCUACUGUCUCCACUCCCUGUUCUUGCUUUUGAGGAACUGCUCCAGACAGCCCCAGAGAGCAGGCCUUAUCCUUGCUCUUCACCGCCUGAUUGAUGCUUAUCCAGUAAAGCAAUUCCCUAAAGCAUGGGGGUGCACACACAGCAACGAAGGCAUUUCUCGCUUCACUCAUAUGCUUGCUCUUCUCUGCCUCUCUGAUGUUGUCCUCGACUAUGGGAUGCUCGAGUCCCUGCUUCACAUCCUUGCUGAGUAUUUUGAAGGUCUUGGUGUUGAGUUCAUCAAGAUCAAGCUGAAAUCCAAAGAUCAAACUGGAUCUACUCAGCAGAUCUCUGGGGUGAGGGCAACCUACAUGGACUGGUUAUUGAAGUUGCUUGAUGUAUGCACCCAAUCGCUGGGGAUGCAGACAGCAACUCAGCGCAACCCCUCUACAUUCCCAGUCUCCUAUGCCCAUCUAUCAUCAUCUGUCCGCAGGCGACUCACCAGACGGGACAAGGAUCGAGGGAGUCAAGAGCGUGAGAGUCUGGAAAAGCUGCAGGGAAUUGUACGAGGUUGCCUCCAGGGGCUGACCAGUGUCCUGAGGGUGUCUUCUGCUCUUGAGAUCUCAUCUCAUGCUGAGGAGAUCCUUCAUCAUUUGCUUGGCACUCUUCGUAUCACUCCAUCUCAUGCCAUCAUUUGUGCUCAAGAGAUGCUGACAUGCCUGUUUGGAAGCAAUUUGAGUUCAGCAGGGCAACCAAUUCGCCCUUACCUGGAACACUCGUUUCCACAAGAGGUGGAAGUACUUGCUGCUAUUGAAACAGUUUCAAAGCCUCCAACAUUACAUGAUGCUACUUUUCGUGCUUCCUAUCAGCAUCUUCUUCAAGCCAUUCAUGCUGUUCGGAAUAAGCAGGCUUUGGGUGACAAACGAGUGAAAGACCCUUCACCAUUGGUGCUCUCAGGGAAGCGGGAAAUCGAUCUCCCAUCUCUUUCAUCUUAUAUUCGACUCUUUGAACCUUUUGUCAUAUCUGUUCUUCGGAGUUAUGCAUCUUGGGAAGUGGAACACCAGCGGCAUGUUCUGGGUCUUCUGGUCACCCUGGUGCGCUUGCGACUCAACUACUGCCUUCUUGACACGAAGGGCACCUUCCUCAGCUAUGUUCUUGGACAGUUUGACUACAUUGAGGCUGGCUUGCCAGGUCUUUUGCCAUUGGUGGAGGAUCUGUAUUUACAUCGUGGGUGGGGUCCAACAUCUUCAACUGAGAUUGAGACCCAGAAGGAGGUCCUUCUCUGCACACUUCUCAAACUCUCUUCAUUACCUCAGGCAUUGUCUUCCUUGAGGCUGAUUCUGGUGUGCACAUUACGGGAAAGUGAGGAGAAGUGGCAUAGGCUGUCUAGAUUUGUUUUUGACUCCCUCUUCUCUCGUCUCCUCACCAACGAAAUCUACCUGGAAGAGUCUAGUGCCCUAGCUUCCCUGCUCCCAGUGAUGUCACCCCAAGCAUUCCGACCAGUUGACCCCUUGCUCCAACUUAUCAUGGUCACUCCACCCUUAGAAAAUCCUUUGCUGAUGAAAAGAUGGAUGAGGCGUCUUUUACCAUCUUUGGAGAUCCUGGCAGCACAUUCAUCUGAGGAGGUGAUUCUUUCCAGGCUACCCCAUCUCAAUCUCUGCUAUCCCAUUGAUGAGACACCCUCAACUCCUGCUCUUCAGUGGGCUAGGUUCCUUUUGGAUGUGCUGAAUGUGCUGGCCGGUGAAGUGAGUCGAGGGGGAACCACCCAUCGAUCAGGAGUCCGCUUUUCUGGUCUCAACCUCAUGCUUGAUCAGGAACUCCUGCAGUUUAUUCAACUUCUCUCCUUCAUGCUACAGUCUGGUGAGUUUCGGCAAACACUGAGAGGCCUGGAGGAAGCAAUAGGGAGGGAGAAGGACAUGGGAGAGACACAUGAGACAUUCCUUAGUCUCACUCACUCUCACCCUCUCAUCCUUUCCUCUUAUUUCCAUCUCCUUGCCCUACUUAAUCACCAAGACCUGGAAUUUUGGAAGGGGGUCCUUUCUCCUGGGAGCAGUGGAGAUCGAAAUGGAAGAAGGGAGAUGGUCCGACAGGCUGCCUUCCUUGCAUUUUCUGACCUAUUGCACGAAGGUCUGUCAAGUGGAAGUGGAAUGGGUGAAUCCCUGACUUGGCUACUCUUGGAACAUUCCCCUGUGCUGGUUCAACUAUCUAUGGAACCAUCCAUCUCUGAUCUUCUGCAUGCUAUUCAUAGAAAUUCAGCUGCCAGUGGACUUUUCAUCCAGGCCAUCCACACUUGUUGCCAACAGGAAUAUAACCCACUCAAUAGGAAGUUUUGGCACCUGGCUCUGCGGUGUCUGCGUGGGACUGGUCCAGCCCAAGCAGGUGCCCUGUUAGAACUCCUGGUAGAACACCCACUGCAGGCAGAAUCCCUGUCUAUUGUUAAUUCGGCACGACAGCUGACCUUCAACAUUGUUGGCAGCCUGGCUUCCAUCCCCAAGGAUGAGGCUCAAGGUCAUCUUAAGCUGGAAGAUCUGAUGACACUCAUCAACAAGAUGGGGCUUUUUCUAAAGAAAGAUGAUGUAGUCCUGAAUCAACUGUUGGACCUAAGGGAACACCUGUAUGGAAUUCACAAAGAUGGAGGCAUUAGAAUAGGAAGUCCUUUAUGGACACCUCCUGAUCCAGCCAAAUCUCUAGAUGGCAAAGCUUUGAAGGCCCUCUUCAAUGCACUCCUCACUCUCCCCCAUGUGGGCUCAGAGAAGGAAUUAGUGGAACUGAUUGAAGACCUACCACAUGAUGAGGUGAUCUCUCUUCUCAGGACAGCACCAACAACAGUCCUAGCACAUGCCAUCACAGUUCAUCCCCAUUUGGAUUUGAGUCAAAAGUCAAACAUUUUGGAGCAGGGUCUUCAACUGGGCAGUGCUCUUUCCCUCCUCAUAGCCAAUAUAGCUACACAUAAACUGGAGACCUUGGAUCCCCUUCCUGCACAGAGCCUGAUGAUAUUUUGUGUCUAUAUGUUGCAGGGUGUAAGCAAAUUGAAGCGUUGGGAUCCCCGAGCUGUGCAUGAAACCCUGUCCCAUGUUGGAAUCAUCCUUGCUUACCCCCCAGUAUCAGCUGUGUUCUCCCCCGAGAUGUCCGUUUUGGCCAUUAAUGCACUAUUUGACAUUGCCUUUUGCCUGGCUGGAAGCCCAUCUGCAUGGAAUAGAGACUCAUCUGAUGAGAGUGAACAGGCCAAGUGUCAGCUGUCAGUGCUCUUAUCUGCCUUCUAUCUUCCUGCAUCACCUGGGGUGCUUGACAUACCUCGAGGGUACCAGGCUUUACUCUUGCAUCUUCUUUGUGUUUUGGCCCGUCACCCAUGCUAUUAUCUCCACUGUCGUCUUCCGAGAGAGCUCAGUGGGGACUCCAACAUCCCUGCUGAAGCCCUCGAAGAAACAGAGUUGCUUCAGGAAUUUCUCUGGAGGCUACAGACCCUUGGUUGGCCAGGAAGAGCAGAAUUUGAGGAGGCAUGGAUGGCCCUUCUUGCUGUCCUGGGUGGAGGGAGCAAGGAUGCAUUCAGCAUGGAGGAAAGAGCUGUAUUGCUCAAGUCUCGCUGCCUUGCCUUGACAGGAGUCUGUGGUCUCCUUUGUCAAGCUCUCCUUCAUCCAAUCCCUGGCUUCCCCUCUCUUCACUCACAAUAUGCUCGCUUCUUCUCGGCAUGGUGGAGGGAGGACAAAGCAUAUACACUUGAAGGUGUGCGGGGGAGGUUGGAUCGCAUCGGUGUAGAUGUCCAAAGUCCACUUGUUUUCCUCCAGGACCUCUUUUCUCAAUGGCUUGCACAGCCUAAUGAGCUGACACCAGCCCAGUUGAUGCACAUCCUUCGGACAAUGGUCUGUCUUCUUCCCCUGAGUCCACUAGGAGGCUGGGACCUCCACUGGGCCUUGGACACCCUACUGGAUCUCCGCAAGGGCCUCCAAAAUCCUGAUGCUGAGCUCAGUCUCGUCUAUGCACUGAAGGGGAUCUGCUUUGCUGCCACCUUUCUCCUUCAGAAUGGAGAGACAUUGGGAAUGAGAGACAUGGAGGAGAUAAAGCAGACAGUGGAGGAAGCCCUGGAUCGUUUGCAUGUCCCACUCCGUGUGACUGCCCUUCGGGGAAUGGAAGGCUUUCUCCAAUGCAAAAAUGCUCAGCCUCUUGUGCAAGCUCUCCUCCCUUCAAUGACUCACUUUCUCUGCAAGCACCUUCACUCCGGUUCUCACAUCAUGCUCCAGAACUUGUGGGAGAGCACAAGUGUGUGGAGGAACAUUGGACUGAUCUUGAGUCAACACUCCCGUGAACUGGGUGACUCAGAACUUGGGACCAAAUGCCACUUGGUUGCACUAGAGGGGAUCAAUGCCAGCCUCCGAUCUCCAUCCUACCUCUUUCCAGCCAUCAUUCGGGCUCUGGCAGAGAUAACCCAUAAACGAAGCCUGGAUGCAAGUACAGAAAACCAGCUGAUGAAGCUGACAGCACACAUAAUGCGACCUCAGCCAGGAAUUCCUGCUCCACCUGAAAUUACUCUCCCUCUUGCUUCUCUCAUGGUUCUGCUCCUCUCCCAGUCCCCAGCCAGACCUUUGGCCCUUGUGGGACUGUAUUUCUUUGUGAUGUGUCAGAUGAUCAGUUAUGCUGAUUCCUCUUCAGAUAUUUCCCUGACUGAUGAACUGAGGGGAGACCGCUCAAUGACAGCCAUGGAGUGGCUUACUGCGCUCUUUGACCGCUUGAAGGGAGGUAGCAGCAUUGAGGCAAAAGCUUUAGAGAAAGUCCUGCGUGAUCUGGCAUCAUGUUCACCUGAGCUUCCUUCUGGGGAAUUCCUCAACAAACUCCUGGCAGAACUCCUAUCUCCACAGCAGGGGAAUCCUCGCGUCAUUGCCUCCCUUCUCCAUCAGAGUAUGGUCCAGGACUGGACACUCCUGAGCAUGAGUCCCUAUCUUCAGAAGAAGUCACUUUGGCCCUUCUGUGCCCUUCUCCUGGCAGGGCUCCAAAGUCCAUCCUCGUCCAGACCCCUCCUCCUCCUUGUCCUCGAUCGCAGACAUCUCCUCCCUUCGUCCUAUCUUGAGUGGCUGGCUAAAUCCCUUGUCUCCAUCUUUGCACUCCAGCUUGAAACAGAGGAGCACCGCAAGACAUUACAAGGGAUCCUGGAGACUGGGAUGUACCACGGCCCUAUCCUCUUGCACAUGGUAUGGAGUUAUGUGGGAUACAAAGCAGUGCAGGUUGUCCCAACCAAAGAUCUCUGGUCUGUAAUUGGGAAUGUGCUCACCAUCUUUCAGACGGCUGCCUUCCUUGAGCUUUUUUUGUGUGGUUUAAAUAUUAUUGCUGGCAUUAACGUUCCAUGGGAAAUUAUUGGCACUUUUUCAAAGGUUGUGCACAGUGCCACCGGUUUGGUGCGGAGCAACCCGAUGCUGACAGCAUUCCAGGUGUCAUCCCGGUUGAUUGUGGUGUGGCUUCUGUAUCUGGUGCCAGAGUCACGGUCCAUUUACGGACUUCCUGCUCUUCUUGCGGCUUGGACCGUCACAGAGAUAAUUCGUUACUCUUAUUAUGCCUUCUGUCUCGUCCAGCUUCAGCCUCAUUUCAUCCAAUUUCUCAGGUUCAGAAAUACCCCUUUCCCAUCAAGUUAUGUCUUAUGGAGUUAUGUGGGAUACAAAGCAGUGCAGGUUGUCCCAACCAAAGACCUCUGGUCUGUAAUUGGGAAUGUGCUCACCAUCUUUCAGACGGCUGCCUUCCUUGAGGUUGUGCACAGUGCCACCGGUUUGGUGCGGAGCAACCCAAUGCUGACAGCAUUCCAGGUGUCAUCCCGGUUGAUUGUGGUGUGGCUUCUGUAUCUGGUGCCAGAGUCACGGUCCAUUUACGGACUUCCUGCUCUGCUUGCGGCUUGGACCGUCACAGAGAUCAUUCGUUACUCUUAUUAUGCCUUCUGUCUCGUCCAGCUUCAGCCUCAUUUCAUCCAAUUUCUCAGAUACACCCUUUUUGUGGUCCUGUAUCCACUGGGAGUGUCAGGUGAGCUCCUCUGCCUCUACGCGGCCCUCCCUUACUUCAAAACACGUCGUCCCUUUUCCCUCGAUCUCCCCAACUCUUGGAAUUUUUCCUGGGACUCCCACAUCGUUGCCUUGAUCAUCAUGGCCUCUUAUGUGCCAUUGUUUCCACAGCUGUACCUGCACAUGUUCACACUGCGGAAGAAGGUCCUAGGUCCAUCUUCCAAGAAGGCAGCUUGA